UAAGUUAUAGUUCUUUCUAACUUUUUUUCUUGUGUGUGCAGCUUGCAAGCAAGGAGCAAGUCGAGAAAGAACGAGCAUGACUGGCAGUGCUGAUGAAUUGAAUAGAGGAUAUUUUGAUGAUAUGUCUGAGCUAAAACAACACGGUGGUAAGGGGAUGAGCGAUCUACUAUCUCCAAUUUUGUUUGUGAUGAAGGAUGAGUCAGAAUCAUUUUGGUGUUUUUUGGCACUAAUAGAACGCUUUGGGCCCAAUUUUAAUCGUGAUCAAAAUGGCAUGCAUUCUCAGCUUUUUGCAUUAUCUAAGGUCUCUCUCUCUUUCACAGAUGCACACUCACACACGCAAACAUGCUUAAGUGAUGGAUUUAUUAUGGUUUAUGUCAAAAUGACCAAGACCUUUUUCCUUGUUCUAAACUUUGGGAUAUGACUGUUUAAUGGUAAUCUCAUGCUUUAUAUAACUUCCAACAACCUCCUGGCCCUGUUUUCCCUUUUGGCAUGGGGUUAAAUUUUCUCCCCAUCUAUUGUAGAAAAGGGCAAUAGUGUUUAUGUUCGAAUUCUUGACCAUAAGUUUCAGUAUAAUUAAGACUGUUUAACUUUGUAAGUGUGUCAGUUGGUCAGAGAAUUCUGGCAAUUGUUUUGGAGAUUUCUUUAAUUAUUAAAAUUUUUUAUUCUUCUUCAUCUUGUGCGGCUCCUUGAAAUUUCAGCCUUUGCGUUGCUGUAAAGUUAAAAAGCAAUAGUAGUAUUGAUAUGAUAUGGAUCCAGUUUGAGUUUGUAAAGCUUCAAACUCUAAAUCAGACUUUGUGGUGCGGCUUUUUGGGAGACUUCAAUAUGAUGAUAUAACUGGCCUCAGAACUUUUGUUUUAUUGUGAAAGAUUACAUGUUUUGAUGAGAAUAGAACAUCAUAUUUCCCAUCCUUUUCUUGAGUUAACAACUACGAUAUAGAAACUGGUAUAAUAUGACCACUUUUGGUUUCAUCAGUCCUUGAAUAGAAGUCAUCAAAGUAACGUUUCUUCUUGGAGAUCUUUGGAUGUCAUUUGUAUUCCUGGGAAGGAAACAACAUAAAUUAGUUUAUAACCAGCUAACCCACUUC